UUUUUAACUAGGGCCAGGGCCAGCUUAGAGGAGGCUAGAUCGAGAGAGUAAACACAGCAUGCAAGCUGCAACAAAAACAGAAAUGAGUUCGGAAGAGAAGACAGAUGGUGAUCCAGCUCCUCUACUCAAGACUGACUCCAAGAAGCGCAUGGACGGUGGCGAUGAGAAACGUCGCAACAGGUUCAAGGAGAGGAGCAAGAACCUACAGAGAGGCGUCUCAGCUCCUUCUUUCAACCAAGGCCUCUUAAGUGAAGGUGGAACAAGCAAAGGACCCCUAGCUCCCAUGCCAUUGACAAAGAAUGAGGCAGUCACUGUUGGGCAGUCCUUAGGGCAUGAAUUCAACAAGAAGACCUUCCACAAGCCCACCUACUGUCAUCAUUGCACUGAGCUGCUCUGGGGAUUUACAGGACAGGGACUGCAGUGCACUGUGUGCAACUUUGUAACACAUGAGAAGUGCAUCCCCUCCCUCAAGGUCCCCUGCACGCAUCUUAUGGCUGAGAAAAUCCAGCAUCCAGUUGCUCACAAAUGGACCAAACCAUUCAAUGUCAAGAAAUCUCACUGCAAUGUAUGCAGAAAGAAAAUCGCUUCAAUGGGCGUCAUUUGUGAAGUGUGCAAGUACUAUGCCCACAACAGUUGCAAAGAGAUGGCUUUUAACAACUGCAAGCAAUGUGCCACGUACACCAAAGGGGCCAAAGUGGAGGACAAGCACCACUGGAUCGAGGGGAACCUCCCCUCUGGCUCUCGCUGUCAGACCUGCACCAAGAACUGUUCCUCUUCCGAUUGCCUGAGUGGGUUUCGCUGUGGCUGGUGUGGCAUUUGUGUUCACUCUGGUUGCCUGGACAUGUUUCAGAGCAAGCAGCUGUCUUGUACCUUCCGUCAGUUGUGGGGCAUGAUCCUAAGCCCCAAGAGUGUGACCCAUCACCAUGCCAUCCACUCUGACCUCGACCCAGAGAUACCUUCCGAGGACCCUGAGAAUGAGCAAGAAGAUACUGACUGUGAUCUUGAAGACAAAAUCGAGGAAGACUCUUUGGGGAAUGAUGGUAUAGGAUUGGCUUCACGUUUGGUCUAUGGUCUGGGCUCUCUGUGGGAGGAUGGGUUAGCUACUGUUAUUGAGGGUGCUUUGUUUGUAGCCAAAUCUCGACCCUGUGUUGUGGUGGACGGGAGUGACAAGGCUGGCUUCAAGAAGUGGAAGAAGAGCACGAUGCAUCCCACUCCUGUUAGCAAGACAAUGACAGCUGCACAACUGCUGAGUAUCUCCCUGCGCAAAUGUGGCAUAUCUGACGACCCUGCGGAAUACUUUUUGGCUGAGGUCAUUGACAGCUCUCGGGGGGAAGAGAGGGAACUUGACCCAAAGGAGUUCCCCUACCACAUUAAGAGCAAGUCCGCUUAUGGACUCCUCAGACUCUACAUUAGACACAAGAGCAACAAUGUGAAGGUUGAGGAGGUCAAGGGAAAGAUGCACGUCUGCAACUCUCAUCUUGAGUCACCCAUCGACCAGGUUGUCGUAGCAACAGGGUUGAAGAUGACGGCUGCUGAGAUUGUAGCAGAGGCGCUCAUCAAGUUUGAUCUGGUGGAUGAGAGUUCUGAUGAGUAUUGUCUGGUGGAGGUGAGUCAGGCCAAUGGAGUGAGGGAGAGAGUCAUGGACGACAAAGAGUGCCCCUUUGCUGACAUGCACAACCUCAGGAGGAGCUCUGUAAUUCUGAGCAAUCGUCAGCGAUACCUCGUGCAACAUCGCACGGGCUACGAGACCACUCUGUGCCUCACCAACCUCUCCAAGGACAUCCUCAAAGAUGAGGCCACCUACAUCAAAUAUGUGCAAGACCUCAUUGCAGCGAGCCCAGCUCAUCUGAUCCCUGACAAGAUUCCCUAUGACAAUAUCACGAUUGGCCCUGCCUUCCCGUCCAUGGGCAGUCUCAUCAUGGACUUCCCCACCUACGACCUUGCCAUGAAGAUCUCCGUGUGUUUGGAGCAGUCCCCCUCACAGCCAAAAAUCGUCAUGCUACCCACCAUCUACCCUGAUAUCAUUGGGAUGGAUCAAGAGCCUCUCCUGGUGUUCAUCAACGGGAAGAGUGGUGGCAAUCAAGGGGUGGAGCUCCUCUCAGCCUUUAGACGCCAUCUCAACCCACAUCAAGUAUUUGACCUGAGCAAAGGUGGACCAAUACCCGGGUUGUAUGCUUUCAAAGAUAUGGAGCGUUUCCGUAUCCUUAUUGGAGGGGGUGAUGGUACGUUUGGCUGGGUAUUGGGGGCUCUGUCUGCUGCCAAGGAUAUUCUAAAGUGCAAGGAGCCACCGUGUGCUCUGCUGCCUUUGGGCACGGGGAACGACCUGGCUCGAGCACUCAACUGGGGUGGUGGUUACUCUGGUGCUAAAGUCAUGCAGAUAUUGCUGAAUCUGGAAGAUGCCAAUAUUGUCAAAUUGGACAGGUGGGAAGUUGAUUUCCAGGAAGUGAAGCUGUCUAAGGAAAUGAGUGAGGGCAGCGGGGUGGAGUCUGUGGUCAUGAACAACUAUGUGGGGAUGGGCCUCGAUGCUGCCAUUGCACUGGACUUCCAUCUUGCUCGUGAAGAGAAUCCAGAGAAGUUUAAUAGUCGGUUCCACAACAAAGGUGUGUACCUGCAGCUGGGUCUACAGAAGAUGAUAUCCAAGGGUGACACAAAGGACCUCCAUAGACACAUUAAUGUGUAUGGCGAUGGGAAGAAGAUUGAUCUUCCUGAGGUGGAGGGUGUGGUUUUCCUCAACAUUCAGAGUUGGGGGGCCGGGGCUGAUGCUUGGGGAACAUCACAGGAUCCUAAUUUUCAACCAGCUGCCUGUGAUGACGGACUGCUGGAACUGGUCGGGAUCAGUGGUGUCAUGCAGAUGGGUCAAAUUCAGAGUGGAGUGAGGUGUGGUAUCAGGAUUGCUCAGGCCUCAGAGUUCAAGGUUGAUAUUCUCUCUCACAUCCCGGUGCAAGUGGAUGGAGAGGCAUGGCCUCAGCCGCCCAGUGUGAUGACCUUGAAAGCCCUCCCCGAUAAAGCCACCAUGCUGAGAGGACCAGACAAGGGGGCUUCUACUUACUCACGCUCCGACUCAAAGAAAGAAGAGCAGAGAAAGAUUACAUUGCUUCACACUAUCUCACAGCCGAAUAUCCUUUUGUCUGGAGGGCUCAGUUCCAGGAGGGUGAGGACCUCUGAUACCACACCUCCCAAGGAGACAGACGAGGGGUGGGUGGUCGUCACUGAUGAUUGAGUCAAAACAUUUAUAUGACUUUGCCAAUUUAGCUACAGACUGCAUGAACAAUAGAUUUUGAGAUAUUUUUUUUACAUUCUCUACAAUUAUAUAGCUGCAUAAUUAUAGUUUGUAUGAACUAAUAUAGAUUGGUGGAACGAUUUAAUUUUUUGUUUAUUGUUUAUUGUGUACUUUGUCGUGCUGCAUGUAUAAUUAUUCGUAACUUCUUUAUGUAACUGAUGUUAAUUUUGAAACUGAAA